AUGAGUUCCUAUGCGGGUGAUGAAGUCGGAGCGAUUGUGGUGGAUGUUGGAUCUCACACCACAAAGGCCGGAUUUGCUGGAGAAGAGAACCCAAAAGCUGUUGUUCCUUCGGUUGCUGGUGUAGUUUAUGAGAAGGAGGACAAAUCAAAGGUCUCCAAUUAUUAUUUGGGAUUGAAGGAAAUAUCAUUUGCAAGACCACACAUGGAGAUUGAAAACAUUUUUGAUCCCGAAUCCGGUGAGAUUUGCAAUCUAGAUUAUAUGGAACGAUUGUUAAAUUAUAUUUACGACGAAAGACUUGGAGUUCGAACAAAUGAACAUCCUCUUUUAAUGACAGAAGUACCAACAAGUUCUUCUCAAAAUAGAGAAAAACUCACAUCGUUGAUUUUUGAAACAUUUAAUGCGCCUAAUUUUUUCUUAUCCAAACAACCAGUCCUAAGUUGCUUUGCAAAUGGAAAGUACACUGCUCUUGUUGUUGAUAGUGGCCAUAAUUUUACCACUGUCACUCCGGUUCUUGAUGGAUAUGCUUUGCAAAGAUCUGUUAUCAAAACAAACAAAAUCGGAGGAAAGGCUUUAGAUGAUGAAUUAAGAAAAUUAAUUGUCUCUAAAAGAAAUGGUAAAGAUAUUCUAGCACUUCAUCAAUUUACAAAGCAGAGAAACACUCCACUCCCCAGCUCAAAAUCAGCUAAAAUUAUUGAAUCUGAAAUCCCAGGCCUCACUAUGUCAUUUAAUGAAUACUUUAAAAAUAGAAUUGUUAGUGAUAUCAAGAUUAGUUUGUUGCGUGUUGCUGAGAGGAACACUCAAAAUAACACUUCCAUUCCAAUUGUAUCUUAUGAAAUGAAUGACGGAAUAGAAAUAGAGAUUGGAAAUGAAAGAGAGUCAAUUUGCGAGUUGUUAUUUAACGAAGAAUACGGAAUUCACAAACUGAGCUACGAAUCGAUUAAUAAGUGCGAUGUUGAUCUUAGAAAAGAAUUGUAUUCAAAUAUUAUUUUGACUGGAGGAACCACCCUUAUUCCAAACCUUCCAUCCAGAUAUGAAAUUGAAUUAUCUAGAAUCGCUCCAAGUAAUGCAAAGGUGAAGCCACCUUUGAACACAAAGCAGCAUUCUACAACAACAUCUAAUCCAUCAGGCUCUAAUCAAACAGCUCUUGCUCAUUUACAAGAAAGAAAAUAUACUUCUUUCAUUGGAGGUUCAAUUCUUGCCAGUUUAGGAGGUUUUCAGCAAAUGUGGAUUUCGAAAUCAGAAUUCGAUGAGACUGGAGCUGCUCAGUGUUUGCUUAGAAAAUGUCCAUAA